AUCUGCAGCGGAUUGAUGUCCAGCUCAGCCAAUAGAAUUACAAAUCUCCGCCCCUGCUGGCUCGGAUUGGUUCUCGUUCCGGGCGCGAGGCGGGAGCUGCGCUCAAACCGCGGCGCCAUGGAGGCUGUGCUGGGGCAGGUGGCGGAGUUGCCUGCGCUGUUUGCUGUGUCCCGUUCUGUCCAGGUGCGGGACUGGGACCCCCCGACCCUGGACAGGGCUCUGGAUUGGGCACGCUACUUCCAGCACCUCCACGACCGCUUCCGUGGCCGACCCCGUCUCCGGGACGCUGUGGGGCGGCGGUUGCGGCGGGGCCAGACGGGCAGCCCGCUCUCCUUCUGCCAUCUGGGCGCCUGCUCGGAGCUACUGGGCUUGGCGCUGCUAGAGAACCGCGCUCUGCCGCCCACCGCCUGCCGCCGCCUCCUGCAGCGCCUCCUGCAGGGGGAAGCUGGCCCCGAACCGGGCCGCCUGGUUCUGCUGGCCCGCAGGAAGGCCGCUUCCCGCCUUCUGGAGAGCUGCGCGCUGUCCCCGAGCGAGCUGGGCCCGCGGGUGUGCGCGGAAGCGGGACUGCUGCUGUGCCGGCUGAGGGAGGACGGGCGGGAAGCUGGGGCGGCCCUGGGCUGGCUUGGACCUGUCUUGGAGCAGCUCCCCCGGCCUCGGGCUUUCGCUGUGGUGGCGGAGGCGUUGUUGCUGCUGCAGGGGGAUGGGGACAGCACGGCGAGUGGAGCAGAAGCUGGAAGCGUUGCGGAUCCCCUGCUUUCCUGGCUACUGGAGGAUCCGCACCGGUUUUCUGCCUGCUGUCUGCUCCUCUCGGGCGCUCUGCUCGCCUCGCUAGCCGAUCGUUAUGCCCGGUUAAGCAGGCGUUAUUUGGAUCUUUUAGCUGAGUGGGGAAGUCAGUUGCUGUAUGACUCGCUGCAUGGACGGUGGGUUAGAAGUGGUCCUGAGGAGGCUAAAUUGUGCUGGGAGGAGCUGAGGGAGCGUUUUGUCUGCCUCUGUCAGGGAUCUGUGCAACUCAGGGAGCAAACCCAAGCAGCUCUGAAGCUCCUGAAGGCCCGAGAUGGAGACUUUCAAGUCUGUGGCCUAAGUGUGUGGACUGACCUGCUGCUGGAGAAAGACUUGAGGAAGAAGCAGAGCCAAUGUGUGAACACCAGAGCAACGCAAAACUUUAUGAAACCUAGCAAAUCUGACUGAUACUUAUUUGAAGGGAGAGAACUAUGUCCUGCUUUGAGUUGAAAACCCAAGCUCUGAUAGGACUGCUGAUCACACUGUUUCUGAUUGCACAUGAACUCUCAGGAAGGCCUGUUACUUAGCAUCUGUACUGCUGAUUCUCUUGGUGACAGGCAGUAAAUAUCUUCCUUUACAGUGCUUACUGCUCAGCUAAUAAAGAACCUGGUUUUUUUUGGAUGUUUUUUUUUAAAAUAAGCUUUCAUUUUUUAUUGACUACAAAUAUCAGAUAUGUUAUGAUCAUGGUCUGUUUUGUUUUUGGCUUUUUUUUUUUAUUGUUCAAAGGGAAUGAUGGAGAUUCAAACCUGAAAAUCCCAAAUGCAGGGUUGAUUUAGUAGUGAUUGCCUUCAUUAGGCUGUCUGUUCUGUUGGCAUUUUCUGAUCUUCAGAAAAGAUCUGUGAAUUGUCUGUGAAUUAGCCUCUAGAUCUAAAGUGAAGGAGGGGAAAAGAAAAAACUUGAAAGCUUACUGAAAAGUUCUAAAACUUGAAGGCUUUAUUAGUUACCUCGUUAUAUACUGGUAUGUAAAUAUUAAAUAUAUUAAAUGUUUAUUAAAACAGCAGUAAGAUGUGACAUA